GGACACGUCCUCCUUGGUCACGCAAUUUCAACUAACCAUGUCACGUCACUCCCACACUGUCACUUGUUUUGUGUGGAACACCCAAAAUGUUUGUCAUACAACUUUCAAUAUGUGUCAGCCUCACCGACUCACCAGUGCGAAAUCAACUAUGCAACAGGAAAAAUGUGUCCUCAAAAUAUCACCAGAAAGGAAGGUUUUAAAUACUAUGAAGACACGGUAAGUGAAUCAGUCUGACUAGCAAAAGAAUAUGAAGUGAUAUUUUCUUGUUACGCAGUGUUAAGGACGAUCUUUAUCAUUCUUUGGUGACUCUCAGUCGAUUGUCAGUCUGAUUUGGACUUCAAUUGUGACGAAAACGUUAAUUUUUGGGGACUAUGUUUUUGUUCACCACAACUGUUCAAAACUGAGGGGCAUUAAUGAUAAGAGACCUUCUGUGCCCAAAUGAAGGAUCCUGUACUGUGUCUCUAGGGGCGGGGGUUCAGUUUCCCCAGUCAGUUUCUGUGCUGGUGCAUUGCCUCGUUUGUGUGUGUUUGGUACUAGACCUUAAGUCUGGCGGCAUUACACUCACCCUACUGGGGGCCGGCCAUUCACCUCAGACACGCAAAAAGAACUUGGGGACCAUGAAUCUGCGCCCAUGAGAAAAGACCCUCAGUGUCCGUACCUUUAUGGCAGACUUUCUGUGUUUAUGUUUUCCUUUAUGGGGGUUUCGGUCACACGAAUGUUUUGGUGGGGAUUUAGAUAAGAGGCUAAAUGUAUACAAGCGAACACUUUGUCCUUGCCUAACAUAAAUUUUGUUUUUUAUAUUCUUAGGAAAUUCGAACGUGCGGUACUCGUUGCCCCGGUUCCCUUGAAGGUAGUUCCCUUUAUCUGCAGUCUUAAAGUUUGUAACUGCCAUUCUUCGUAUUAAGCUAUUUCUUACAUGUAAACAUAGUUUUCAAUUGGUUAAUUAAAGAUGUAAUAUAUAGAUUUUCCCAAGGCUAAAAGCAAAGCUCUGCGGACGGAGAGGUAGACGGACGGACGGUCGGACGGACGUACCGUCACGUGACUACCAAAAUUUCUUGGAUGGUUAGGUAACCAAAUUUUCUUAGCUAUGGGGCUCUGCGCACGCGGAGCGCAGCUAUGACGUGUUACUUACCAUGGCCACAAAUGCUGAGGUGGCGCCCGCGUAAUACCAGCGGCUAUCUCAUACUUCAACAGAUUAAUUAGUUCAUCAAGAAAUGUAUAAAGCAAAAAUUACCUUGAGGAUAGAAAAUCUUCACGCUUACCAGUAACAUUUGCAAGGCCCGGAGUCCAUUAUAAGAAAGUUAACUUAUCCGUACUACAAAUUUCAUAUUCAUACUGACCUUUGACUCCGUCCCAUUUAAAGGUGAUUUGAACCUCAGCAUUCGCUCUCUGAACCCCUUUAGUGGGUGGUAAAUUUCAUAUGUCGCAGUUUUUUACCUCUAUUAGCCGCGUUUCUGUCCGAUUGUUUAAUUUUACCGAGUUCUCACCAAUGACCCACAAACUCAGCAAGAUUGGAAACGAUGAACAGCGUCCAUUUUGGCGGUCCAAAUACGAGACGGCAAAAUGACCAAAGACUGCUUUGAAUUAAAAAUUGCAAUACCUCCAUGAUAAUUUGUUCACUUUAAUUGAAAUUUGGACUCUAUUUUCAGCUCUUUUCCUCACUUUAGGUUUUGAUUUAAAAAAUACUUUUAAUCAGCGGCUUUGACUCAUGGGUAAUUAUAUUGAGUUUUACUCCCUCAUUUGUCCUCCUGAUCACCACAGCAAAAGCUAAUCGACGUAAGCGAUAGGAAUGUUUAGAGGUGGAAAAUAAUCACAUUUUCAAGGCCAGCAUUCUAUAACAAAUUGCUAAUGCAUAUGGUGAAAAAUAAAUUAAAAAAUACGAUGUUAGCUUCUAUUUAAGUACACGCAUUGAAAUAGAUAUUUUGAGUCGGCUAUAAACUCUUGACCAUUCACUAUCGGCUUAUUUGAUAUCUUAUCUUGCAGAAACGAAUGAAGCCGAUUUCCAGUUUUCGUUUCCUAAUAAAACCGUCCACGACUACGUUCAUUUAAACCUGCAGGAUUACAAUCCAAGUCUGCCGGCUUUGACUGAGUUUACCAUCUGCCUUUGGAUAAGAGUGAGCGACCAAUCAGAUGACGGGGCCUUGUUCAGUUAUUCACUUCCGGAUGAACACAAUGAGAUAUUGAUCACCGACUACACCAGUUUGAGGUUUAUGAUAAAUGGUUAUCUAAGGUAAAUGGCAAUACUGUGAACUUCAACCCUUUCUUGAUUAGCCCUUGGAACAGGUGUUAUUUUUCCCGUUUUUCGGGUGAGCGUAGGCAGGCGCGAAGCGAACGGGGAGCGCCAAACACCCUCGACGCGGAGAAGGCACAGAUACAAGCGAUGAGGAGGAGGUAGCUUGCCACAAGUCGACCUUACGAGUUUCACAGCAGGUCAAAGUUCUAAGGAGAAGGACGACGGGAUAAACAAUUUUUUCCGGCUUCUUCCCCGGUUCCGUCUCGCUUCGUCUGGGGCUUCUCACUCGCUUCACGCUUGCCUUCGCUGAGGCUACCUCUUCAUAAAAAAAUAAUAAACUCUGGAUAAUCUGCUUCAUUAAUGUCGCCAUAAAUCUUAACCAGUCCAUAUAUAUUUAACAUUAUUCUUUAUUAUUUAUAUCGAUUCUAGAUCUUAUAAUUAAGUAGCCAGUGAGUUGAUGCCUUUAAUAACUGUCUUGGCCGAAACAAAAGUACACACCUAAUGAAUCUGUUUUUAGAAAAUGUUUAUAAAAUGCUGGAAACGCCGUUGGGGAGGGGAGGGGGCGGCUAGCUUUCACACACUGGGGGAUUGCUCCCUGGAAAGGGGGGUUAUUUUCGCCGCUUUGGCUCCCUGCCCUUUUACUUUCGAAGCAUGACCUUUCCCAUAGCCCAUCCGAAUGAACAAAAGACAAUGAUCUAGAAAGUGUUACAAGACAAACAAAGGUUAUUGUUUUAACCAUGAUUUUUUUUGCCUAGACAAUGAUUGGUUGUCGAAAUACCAACGAGUUUCCUGUUGCUUGCAUUCCAUCAUGGAAUCGGGUGCCAUGUCUAAAUUUUACCUUAAAGUUGGCCAGAAAGCUAAAAAGUAACAACUCUAUGGUCAAUCAUAAAAACAACGUUAUCAACAAAAAAUUUUCACGUGACUUUUGAAAUGUUUCAGAACAUCUGAAAGAGCUGUCAACGAUGAUCGGUGGCAUCACAUUUGUACAACAUGGGAGAACACCGCUGGUACAUGGAGCAUUUACAUCGAUGGCGCAAAUGUUGCUCAGGGAGAUGAGUUUGAGACAGGUCACGUGAUUAGCAGUGAUGGUACUAUCAUUCUCGGCCAAGAUCAAGACAGCCACGGUGGUGAAUUUGAGCAGGUUCAAAGUUUUUCCGGCGAGAUGUAUGGAGUGAACAUGUGGAAUGAAGUCCUCUCGGGAGAGGAAAUUCUGUGCAUGUUCAGAAGUUGUUCCUCUGGAAAAGGCAAUUAUCUAAAAUUUACAGAUUUCGUGGGAGGCUCACAUGGAAAUGUCACUAUGAAGUCUUCGAACACCUGCUUUCCCUAA